UAAGAACACAAACCCAGUUCCCUUGGACAGAAAGACCCCAUUGGAACCCAGGAACAAGGCCACUUUCUCCAUCCCAUUCAUGGAAGAAGCCAGUGCAAGGCAAUACCUCUGUUACUAUCAGACACCUGCGGGCCGGUCGGAGCGCAGCAACAUUCUGGAGCUGAUAGUGACAGGAGUUUACAACAACAAACCCACCCUGACAGCCCUGUCUAGCCCUAUGGUGACCUCAGGAGGGAACGUGACCUUACUGUGUGUCGCACAGAGAUAUGACAAGUUAAUUCUGAUUACAGAAGAUCAGAAGUUCUCCAUUUCCCUGGACUCACAGAAGAUAAACAUUGGGAAGGUCCAGGCCCAGUUCUCUUUGGGCCCUGUGAACCCCAGCAACAGAGGGGUGUUCAGAUGUCAUGGCUCCUAUAAGGGAAACCCAUGGGUGUGGUCAGAACCCAGUGACUCCUUGGAAAUACACGUCUCAGGGAUGUCCAGGAAGCCUUCCUUGCUGACCCCAAAAGACCCUAUUCUGGCCCCUGGAGAGAACCUGACACUGAAGUGUUCUUCUGAUAGUGGUCAUGACAGAUUUGCUCUUUCCAAGAAGGGCAGAAUUGAUCUCUUUCAGAAACCUGGCCAUUAUCUCCGGGCUGAGAUCUCUCACGCCAGCUUCCCCUUGGGCCCUGUGAGCAGCUCCCAUGCUGGCCAGUACAGAUGCUAUGGUGCACACAACUUUUCCUCUGAGUGGUCAGCCCCAAGUGAUCCACUGGACAUUCUGAUUAAAGAAUCCUCCACGCUCCCCAGUUCCUCAUGGACCUCAGGGUCCAUCCCAACAAUUGGACUGGAAAGGUACCAGAAGGUUCUGAUUGGGGUCUCGGUGGCCUUCUUCCUGAUGCUCUUCCUCCUCCUCCUCCUUCUCCAAUGCAGGUGUCAGGGUAAACUCAGGAUGAAAGUCCAGAGAGAGAUGGACUUGCAACAUCCUGGAGGGCUACAGAGGUGGUACUCAGAGACAAAAGCACUCAGAAAAGAUGCAUCUUUGAAGGACACACAGCUCGAGGACAGCAUGGAGCUGGACAUUCAGAGCCCACCUGAUGAAGACGUCCAUGGAGUGAUAUAUGCCCAGGUGAAAUCCUCCACCAGGAGGGCAGAGGCCUCUCUUCCUUCCCCUGAGUUUGAGGACUUCUUGGAGAGACAGGCAGGAAAGGACAGAGAGAUGUAUAAUCAGGUGGGUCCCAGGUUCCCUACAUCAAGCAUCUAA